AUGGACUCUCCACCGUCAUGUUCGCUAAGCGCUACUGGGCCUCUCAGUGAUCUUGGUAGCAGUGGAAUUGGAGGGUCCAUUUCUAGUGAUUCUGUAAGAGCGCAUCUUGCGAUCGAGAUGCAAGAAAGCGACAUAGAGAGUAAAUCUUUGUCGCAAGAUUCUUUCGAUUAUUCAGACGGUAUGUGCGGUGAAAAUUUUAAUACAUUAAAAAAAGGACCAGGGUGGCCCGAUGCCGAUGGGAAACUGGAAGUGGAAGUGGAAGUGGUCGAUGUAGCUAUUAAACCUCCGCCAGAGUUUCAAGAUAGUCCUUCUCCUCCUAACUCGGAAUCUUCGUCUGCGCCAAUUCUUAGCUAUGCACGAUUAAUGAGACAGAAAGUUCCGCAAUUAAUAGACGAUUAUUCUGAAAAUUUAGUACAGUCGACGAUCGAGGAAGCGUUAAUAAUAUCUUGUAGGAUAUCAUGGCCAGAAGGAAGAAUAGCGCCAGCCACAAAUCGUGUCCCGGUAGUAAUACGCAGCGUUCAAAAUUCGAAACGUUUCUGGGCGACGGACCUGUUGACUCCGUCGUCGUGUCAAGGGGCUACCACAUUGAUAACUCCAUACAACACAUUGAAUCGUCCAAAUUCCCGAUGUUCUCUGGCUUCUUCACGUUUGUCCAGUUCGCAUAAUUCUAUAAAUACCUCAGGACUGAGUCACAAAGCAGACGACAGCAGUUUCAUAACGUCUGCUAUGUCGCACGAUGUUUUGACGACCAGCGAGAUCAGUGAUAUGUACAAUGUGCCCUUUGAUUCCGACAUUUAUACUGUACCAAUAGAUGUAGUCAGACCUUUGCACGAUCUUCGGACACCGCAAAGGCCUAAACGUCAUAGACAUCAUCGUAAGAGAAGAAGAAACGUGUCCGCUAGCUCUCAGAGCGAGUUAGAAGCCCAUAUACAACAGGCAAGGCAUUAUUGUGGAAAACCCCGUGCUAUCACGCAUGUUAUUAAAUCUCAGAGACUAUUAUCGGACGUAUGUUGCAACGAGAGCGGGAACGGGAAGCGUCACAGUGUUCCCGGAACGUCUGGUCGACAUGUAACACGAACAUCGAACGGCCACAUGCAUAAUAUUGGCGAACCGAUUCAUAUGACUUUACACGAAGUGCGCCAAUAUUUGCAGACACUGUACUCGAGCUCCAGUGAUUCUAGUGAAAAUAAACUUAAACGCGAUAACAAGGCUCCGAUAAGUCAUACACCUAUACACCUUGCGAUGCCAAAAGGUAUUAGUGUAAAUAAUAACAAUAGGUAUAGUAACCCGCAUACAGACUCAUCGACAGAUAUUCCAAUCUCAAACAAAAAUAGCAAUGGACUGAUUCACAAUAACAAUAAUAAUAAUAACAACAACAACAACAACAACAACAAUAAUAAUAAUAAUAACACUAAUGGUAACGUUAAGAAGCAUAAAAAGAACACGUUUGUUGGUAUUAAACACAAAAAGGUGAAAGAAGAACCGCACAAAGAGAAGGUUGAUUCCGAGCGGGAGAAAAUGAAGAAGAGUCAACGGAAUUUCUCGUUAAAUCUAAAGCAAACACUGUGCAAUAUCUUUAGAUUCAGGCGUUUGGGUUCCCCGGAUCACUUUGUAGAGAAACGAAACAGCAUUGUACAGGGUGAAAUGGUCGAAGAAGAGGAGGGCGUCGAUUCUGACCAACAUGCUAAUAAUAAUAACACUACCUCGGAGGUAGAUCCCUCAGCGCAGAAGCUACCCUUUUUUAAGCGUGCGUUGCCGCCGUUGCCAAAAAGCAAUGGACACGUAGGAGUAGGAGGUGUAGAGCAGGCGGAGGACGCGCUUACGACAAUGGUAUCGAAACAAUGCGAAAGUCCUACUUCAGUACCGCAAAUGCCUGCACCCACGGCGAAAGUCGAUGAUGAACCGGCCGAAGAUACCAGCAUGGACUUCGCUGCUAGUAUCGAGAAAGUGAAAGAUUACGGAUGGUAUUGGGGCCCAAUAUCUGGUGAAGCUGCAGAGAAGAUACUGUCCAAUGAACCAGAUGGAUCAUUCAUUGUACGCGACAGUAGCGACGACCAUUAUAUUUUUUCUCUAUCGUUUAGACUGAACAGUUGCGUGCGACACGUGAGAAUAGAGCAUGACCAGGGUAAUUUCAGCUUUGGAAGUUGCACAAAAUUUAAAUCCCACACGAUCGUCGAUUUCAUUGAGAAUGCUGUGGAACAUUCGCGUAGCGGACGAUAUCUAUUUUUUCUUCAUCGGCGACCAGUGUUAGGUCCGAUGCGCGUGCAACUCCUCCAUCCGGUGUCGAGAUUCAAACAAGUUCAAAGCUUGCAGCACACCUGCAGGUUUGUUAUUUUGAAGAUGGUGCGCAGAGAUCUUAUUCCAACUCUACCUCUGCCACGGCGGUUGAUCGAUUAUCUAAGCACGCCACACUACUACAGUGAGCAAUUAGCCGAGCAAGAUGACAGGGCUGAAUCCCCUGUUAGUUCGUCGACCGGUGAAUUAGAAAAGAUUUGUUUCACACCGCAAGGCCUAUCGUGAGGUAUGAACGUGUAACCUUCUGUGCAUCGUCAUUGUAACAUA